AUGGUGCGGCCAAAGUCUUCGGUGCCCCAGAAGGCAGCAUGCAGUGCUCCAGCUCCUGCUUCCACUGAGCCUCCUGCUCCCACUCUACCUCCUGCUCCCGCUCUACCUCCUGCUCCCACUCUACCUCCUGCUCCUACUCUACCUCCUCCUACUCUACCUCCUGCUCCUACUCUACCUCCUCCUACUCUACCUCCUGCUCCUACUCUACCUCCUCCUACUCUACCUCCUCCUACUCUACCUCCUGCUUCCACUCUACCUCCUGCUUCCGCUCUACCUCCUGCUCCUACUCUACCUCCUGCUCCCACUCUACCUCCUGCUUCCACUCUACCUCAUAAAGCUCACCUCCCUAUUCCCAUUCUUUCUCCUGCGUCUGCUCUUGGGCCGAAUACCGGUCCCCAUGCCGCGCCCUCGAAUCAGCCUGAACAUCCAGACACACCGCCUUACAUCAUGUUAGCCUGCCAAGCGUGCUUGAAGGCCAAAGUACUGUGCAACAGACAAUAUCCGAGAUGCAAUAAUUGUCAAAAGAAAGAAGGUGAGUGCGUUUACCCGGUGCCUGCGUCAUCAGAAAGAAGGUACCUGGAUGACAACGAACGUGCAAGGCUCGAUCGAUAUGAAAAUUUCAUUCGCCAAUAUCAACUUUUGCAUUCAAAAGGUACGAAACGACCAUACGCCAUGGAAAAAACACAGAAAGAAUCAAAUCGACUGCUGGGGAAUGGCCCACAGAGUGCAAAGUCCGGGGCUCUGGUGACAACUCAAGGUAUGUCUAGUUAUGUUGGCAGCAAUGUCCGGCGCAACUUGGGCAACGAAGGGCUCCAGGCCGUGCGUGGCGGUGAGCAAUCUCCAGUUACCACAAGCAGUGCUUUCCUUGUCCCCCCAGAACCUUUGACAACAGCUUUCAUGGGUGUUCUACCGCUGAGUAGGCCCCAGCCUCAUCCGGACAGUGCAACGGCAAUCGAUCUAUGGAACAUUUAUGUCAGAAAUGUGGAACCGCUCUGCAAGAUUCUUCAUAUCCCAUCAACAGAGGCGAUGGUUCGCAGGGUCGCAUAUCACCACCAAGACGCCUCAAGGGUUGAAGAAUGCCUAGUGUUUGCCAUUUAUCAUUUCGCGAUCCACUCAAUGACUGACAAGGAUUGUAUUCAAAAAUACCAGGAAUCACGGGCCCAGCUGCUCCAUCGGUUCAACUACGCAAUACGCCAGGCGCUCGUGGACGCGUCUUUUCUCAAAACUGUUGACCUGGGGGUUCUCCAGGCCUUUGUGCUCUUUCUAACAUCCUGCCGCUUCCACUACGACCCGCAGACCUACUGGAUCUUGACAGGAGUCGCAGUAAACAUGGCAUAUCGCAUUGGUCUUCACCGCGACAGCAAAGCUCUUGGACUUCCACCAUUCGAGGUUGAGAUGAGGCGAAGAUUGCUUUGCCAACUUAUUGCACUUGAUGGAACCACUAGCCAACUUGCGGGACACGGAAAGUCUCAACUUCUUGCACCUGGUGGAACCACUAGCCAACUUGCGAGAAUGGGAAAGACCACCAUGCGGGAUACUCAACUGCCACUCAACAUCGAUGACAGCCAGAUCUGGCCCGGGAUGACAGAAACCCCUAAAAGUCAGAACGGCGCGACUGACAUGAUAUUUUGUCUUUCACGUGCUUGUGUCGGAAAGCACUUCGCCCAAGUUCUAGAGCCAGGGGUAAAUCCAGGGCCAUGGCGAUUCGAUACUUACGAUCAAGCCAAGAGAGCCAUAAAGGAGGCCGAAAACGAGGUCGAGCAGAAAUUCCUUCGCUAUUGCGAUGUCGUGAACCCGCUCCACUUUUUGACCAUGAGCUUGGCCAGAGCUGGAAUUACGGCCAUGCGUAUUCGGGUUCUAGCGCAUAAGGCUUCAAAAGAUCUCAUUUCUGAUGAUGAACGACGUGAGAUGAUCCGCCUGGCACAGAAAUUCUUGGAUACUGACUCAGCUGCUCACUCGCACACUGGUCUUCACCGAUUCGAAUGGCAUACCAAGUCGUUCUUUGUGUGGGGGACGUGGGAUGCUCUGGUUGUAAUUCUGAAUAGUCUGUGGAGGUGGCUUGAUGUGAUUUCCCCUUCUGAAGCUAACGCAUCUUGGGACCGUGUCGCGCAAGUCUAUGAAAACCACAGUGAAAUUCUGUCCUCCCAGCAACCGCUCUAUGUCGCGUUUGGACGAUUUGCUCUCAAGGCGUGGGAUAUGCGCAAGCCUGAUGGCUCUACAGCUGAGCCAGAGUUUAUCCAGAACCUGCGUUCCCUUCUGGGGAAGAAGUCGUCCCCUUCAAAUGAGAAGCAGAAAGGUAAAGAAGUUUUCCCACCACGAGAUGAUGGACAUCCCAUAACGACAUCUGCACCCGACAAUACCAACCAGACCAUGAAAACUGGCUUGCAGAUGAACCUUGAUUUCAAGAAUGAACUAGCCUGGGGUGAGAUUAACUGGAUUUUCUGGGAUCAGUUGAUCGAGGCCCACCGGGCUUAA